CAUAUCUAAAACAAAUUUGACUCCAGUUUCAGCUGAGGGAAACAAUACAACAAAAAUGUCAGUUGAAAUGACUGGAAUUAAACACCGUACUGAUCAUGAAACGUAUGAAAACAGUGGAUUUGAGCAUGGAGAUACAGAGACGGUUACCGAUAUCUUGGAUGAGGAGCUAAAAAUUAAAGAAAUCGCCGUAGAAGAAGAGAUGCAAGCGUAUCAAAAAGUCAUACUAAGCAUACAAGAAUCUGUCGGGACGUCUUACAAAAGACAUAGCAAGAUCAUUUGGACCACAAUUUAUAUAUUACUACUACUGGCAUAUUGUGCAUACCUAAGUUAUGCAUUGUACUUCCGCUUCGGCGAUGAGGGCUCAUGGCGUCUUCUUGGAUUCUCAGUGUUUGGCAUUGCGCUGAUCGUCGUCAUGAAAGUGUAUCGCCAUUAUGAAAGUGAUGUUCACAGAUGGCUGGCUCGUAAGAAGGGAUACAUGGACAAUAACUGUACGAGGAUAUUUGGAACCGUCAUUGCUUGGUAAUGUAAAAUUCAUAUAAUUUAUAUUUCCUUAAUGUAAAAGAAGAACGGGGUAUUGGUUUUCACUAAGUCAUAAUAUCGUCCACGGAAGUGCAACUGGAUACAUGGAAAAAAAAUCAGACGGAAGUAGCUAUAUAACAUUGUUCUCUUUUUUCUAACCGUUUGGGAUCAUACCUUACUUUUGAUCAAAUAAAAUCCGCUUCAACUGGUGGUAGAGGCGCAAAUGGUGUUGCACGUUUCAUUACCUUUAACAUACAGACUCAGUCAAACUAUUUCUGCUGAUACUGUGCUUGAUUGUGUCUAUGUUUCACGAAGACCUUCUUAUAAGAUUUUAUUCAUUGUACAGGCAACUUAAAGCCCUAUAACAAACAGUUUUGACCAGGUAAAAUUGAAAGUCAAUCUUGUUUUCUACAAAACAAAACUAAACUAUUUACACAGAUAUGAGUAACAUUAUGGGUGUCAUUGCGCAGCUAAUAGUAACAAAUUUUUGUGCAAACCAAGAAUUACUAUGGCAUUUACAUUCAUCAAAGGUAUACUAGUAUAUUCCGAAAUAUAAACUUACCAUUUGCAUUAAAACAAGCAUUUCUUUUCUCUAAAUAUAAUACUUCAAGUAGAAGCCAAUUCUAAAAACAAAUGAUUUUUUUACAACAACAGAAAAUACGAAUACAUUUUAUAGACUGUAAAUAAGUCAUCUUACACUACAUUUUCGAUUAUUUUUAUGUGGUUGUGUUAUCUAGGGUUCUGCGCCUUGGAGUACUUAUUUUCCUUAUUGUAUACA